AAUUAUCAUUUAACCACUGAUAGUUAUUUUAAGUACAUCAAGACCCUUCAGUUUCCCUCACAAUGAACACUUUCAUCUGCUUUGCCGUCCUCUUUGCUGUUGCUUCAGCAAACCACCAAAUUCACAAGAUUAGCCCCGUUCAAUCAUCAUGGGGAUUAGCCAGUUCUGAUAAGGUUAAAGAAUGGGAUGGUUCAUUGUCUUAUGUUUCACCUGUUGCAUCCAGUGGAUACUGGCCAUCAUCAUCAUCUUAUUACUACCCAUCAGCCCACUAUGGACAAGCAAUCCACCAUGGACAAGCAGUUCAAUAUUCACCAUCCGUUUACCACUCACAGCCAAUUCAUUAUUCAACUGGAGUAGCACCAAAAGUAUACUCAGGAGCAGUUAAUUACAAGGUUGUCCCAUCAACAUGGUCAGACGAAUCUUAUGUUCCAUCAACCUGGUCAGGAUACUACUCAGCCGGUCUUUCAGCUCCCAAAGUUGCCAAAGCAAUUUCUGCUCCAGCUGUUAAAGUUGAAGAAGUAGCUGCCGAUGUUGCUCCAAAACCUUUCCAAUACUCAACUGAAAUCAGCCAUGAUGUUCCCGUCAAAAAUGAAGAAGUUUCUUACAAUGUUGCCUCACAAGCUUUCCCAGCACGAUCAGUCUCUGUUGGUCCACAAUAUGCCACAGUAAGCAAUGUUGUUUCAGCUCCAGCUCAAUACUCAGCCUGGUCUGGUGAAGUUGCUGUUCCAGCUUCAGGAUCAUGGGUUUCAGAUGUCAAGCCUGCUUCAUGGGCCUGGGCUCAACCUAAACCCUCAUAUAGACAAGGUAAUUGGGUUGAUGUUAAGCCUGCUUCAUGGUCAUCAUGGUCAGAUGCCAAACCAUUGAAUACCUACGUUUCAUCAGUCCAACCAACUUACUAUGGUGUUGAAUACCCACAAACAGUUUACACCAAUACCCACCGUGCUGCUCCUUGGUCAUCAACUUGGUCAUCCGCUCACCCAGUUGCAUGGACCGAACCAAUCCAAAAACGAUCUGAACGAACACAGUUCUAGAUUGAUUAAAAAUUAAUCAAAAACUGAUUCAGAAAAAAAUGAAAUCAAAAUGAUCCUCAACUCAUCCGUUUAACUUUUUUCUGUAAAUUGUGAUUAUGACUGAAGUCAGGUUUAAAGCCCAGUCAAAUCAGUUGACAUCUUUUCUUCCACCUUUCCUUUAACUCUUUUUCAUUGGAUCUUUAUAAGCAGAUCCUUUUCCAUUCUCAUGUUCUGUCUUCAGAAACUUUAAAUCGCCUCCUUUUUUACAAGAAUGCAACAAUAAAAUUAAUCUAUCAGAUUUAA